AUGAGUGUUCGAGUCGUCGCACGAGUCAGACCUCUUCUGAAGGCUGAAAGGGAAUUGGAUAUUAUUCUUCGCACUGGGGCAUCCGCCGCCGCCCCGGAUCCUAAGCAGUCCGCCAACGGCGACCGCAAGUUGGCAGCAUUGAGGGACAGGGACAACGUGGUACGGAUCCCAAACCCCAAGAAUGAGGGCGAGGAGUACACCUUUCAAUUCAACGCGGUGUAUGAUUCCGACGUGGCACAGCAAGAGCUAUUCGAUGCCGAGGUUGCGCCCACGAUCAAGCACCUAUUCAAUGGAUUUGACGUGACCCUCUUCGCAUACGGCGUCACUGGAACCGGAAAAACACACACAAUGCGCGGCGGUAAAAGCCUCGCGGACCGAGGUGUCAUCCCACGACUCCUGAGCGGUAUCUACCGAAAAAGCCGGAAGAUGGAGAAGGAUACCAACGGCGAAACGACGGUUGAAGUGGCCCUCAGCUACUACGAAAUAUACAACGACAAGGUCUACGAUUUGUUCGAGCCACCAGAGAAGCGCACCCUGGCAGGACUUCCUUUGCGCGACAACGGCGGCAAGACCGUGGUUUGCGGGCUUACCGAGAAAGCAUGCACCAGCUUGAAGGAGUUCGAAAGCCUAUAUGACCAGGCAAACAACAAUCGUUCAACUUCUGCAACCAAGUUGAACGCCCAUUCGUCUCGUUCCCACGCGAUCCUCGGCGUAAAGGUUACCAUCUGUUCUCCCGACCAGACUCGAGUCAGCACAGUCUCUGCGAUCGAUCUUGCAGGCUCAGAAGACAACCGACGGACGGAAAAUGACAAGGAGCGGAUGGUGGAGUCAGCCAGCAUCAACAAGAGUCUCUUCGUUCUUGCGCAGUGUGUCGAGGCCAUCACCAAGAAGCAACAUCGCAUUCCGUACCGUGAAUCGAAGAUGACGCGAAUCUUGUCCCUAGGCCAAAACAACGGGUUGACAGUGAUGAUUCUUAACCUGGCACCUGUCCGAUCGUAUCACUUGGACACAAUCAGUUCUCUGAAUGUGGCCAACCGCACAAGGAAGAUCGAGGUGCGAGAGAUUGAGAAUGACCCGAUAUUCAAAGGCCCUGCCAGACCCGCUCCUCGGCCAUCAAUGGCAAGCUCUCGCCAGCCACUGCGCCCACUCGUUGCUUCUGUGAACGUGAACAUGCCGGCCCCUGCCGCAAAGGACCCAGCUGCAAAGGACGAGGGCAAACCAAUGAAAGCUUUCAGCGUCUUUUCUGAUCGCCCUAAGCCUGUCACUCAGAUUCGGAAAUCUGAAAUCCCCAAGAGACCUUCCCUUGCUCCCGAUGCGCCUGCCAUGCGCUCUCUGAAACCACCUCGCCAGCCCCUUACCGCAAACCACGCUCCAUCAAGCUAUGCAGAUAUCUCUGCUGCUAAGAUUGAGGAGAUGGUUGAAAAGAAGGUCGAGGAACUGUUGGCUGUUCGGGCUAUGAGCGAACAAUCGCGACAGACUCAAGCCCGUGAACUCAAUGACCAGCUUCAACGUCGCCUGGAGCUUCUAGAACAGCGCAUUGAGGGUACUGAGGAUGACAGAGCGGAGGGCCUUUCUUAUUUGCUCAUGGGCAAGCAGCAUCAAGCCCGUGGUGAAAACGGCUCUGCGCUGAGGAUGUACCAGCUGGCACUCCCCCACUUCCCACACAACGAGAAGCUGGUCGCCAAGAUUGCGGCUUUGAAGGAGCGCAUUCAAAAGUCAUCACGGCAGUCGUCCACACCUGCUUCUCCCCCCAAAGGAAAGCUGGGAAGCAUGCUAUCUCUGAAGAAAGAGCCGACUCUCACUAUCCUGGGAAAGCGUCCGGUUGAAGCAGUGGAUGAUGAAUAUAUGAGAGACAUGGACAACGAGGGGUUUUCAAGCGAUGAAGAUACCGUCACUCGGCAGCAUAAGAAGCGGGUUACAUCCAAGACCCUUGAUCAGAGUGUAAACGACAUUGAGACCCUUGAUGAGUACGAGAACGGCUCUCUGUCCCCUCGCACGAUGCACCUUCUGUCGAUCAUCAACUCAAGGGAUGUGAGCCAGAUCAAGCUUCUAAAGGGCGUUGGUGCCAAAAAGGCAGAGGCUCUUGUCAACUGCCUCUGCGAGAUGGACCCAUCCGCAAAUGAUGAGAUGGUUUCAGAUCAACCUUUGUUUCAAGUGGCCAGCUUAGCUCAGUUGAGUACUCUGAAAGGUGUUGGAGUUCGCACUGUCGAGAACAUGCGUAACGGUGUUUUGGUAUAA